CGCGUCGUUUCGGACACUGCAUCUACUGGGUUCCGCUUUCCGCAUGUGAAAAAAAAAAUAAAGAUCCACUACCGGAUGCGUUUAGUUUUGGUUUUAACUCAACUUGCUGUCAACCCGGAAAGAGGCUGCGCUCGAGGCACAGGGCUCGGCUGUCGGCGCGGAGCUUUCAUCUGUUUUCGCGGAUAAAUGAAGGCACGUCGUGCGCGUAUUGUGUUCCGAGAGAGCGCUGAAUAACACACGCGGCCGAACGCGGAUGAGUCACCAGCCUUUGGGAUUUUGAAGUGAAAUCUGGGACAUGCCUUACCUGGACAGACAAAAUCGGACCUGUGGAUUCCUGGACAUUGAGGAAAAUGAGAACAGUGAUAAGUUUUAUCGGCGUUACUUCAUCUUGGAUACAGAUGAGAAUUUUCUCCUCUGGUAUAUGGACAAUCCACAGAACCUGCCUCCGGGAACAAAGUUUGUUGGAAGUUUACGACUCAGUUACAUUUCUAAGGUUAAUGAAGCAUCAGUAAAGCAGAAACCAAAAGCAGAAUUCUGCUUUGUAAUAAAUGCAUUGUCCAGACGGUACUUUCUGCAGGCCAACGAUGCUGUGGAUUUGAAGGAAUGGGUCGUUGCUCUGAAUAAUGCCACCAAAAUUACAGUUCCAAAAGCAUCUCCAGUGACCCAAAGCUCUGAUGCCACAACUGUUUCAAACCCAAGUCAGUCAACGUCUCGACAGGCGUAUAAAACAGAAAUUGUUGGGGGGGUGGUUGUGCACACACCAGUCCAGCAGACCGAAAAUGAGGACGUCUUCACGAGUGAACUAGGAUCACAUGUCACUUUAAGGAGAUGUCAGAGUGUGCGUCCCAAUGUCACGAGGUCUGGCUACUGUGUCAAGCAAGGCAAUGUGAGGAAAAGCUGGAAGAGGAGGUUUUUUAUUCUAGAUGACCAAACUGUGAGCUACUAUAAAUCUGAAAUGGAUAAGGAACCUUUGCGCAGUAUUCGACUGCAGGAUGUGCUGAAAGUUAACGAGUGUCUUGUGAAAUCAGGGGAUCUGCUGUCUCGUGAUAACCUUUUUGAAAUCAUCACCAAUACCAGAACCUUCUAUAUCCAGACAGACACCCCAGAAGACAUGAAGGGCUGGAUCAAGGAUAUCUCCUCAAAAAUUCAAGACUUUAGACGGCCAUCUAAAAUGCGCUCUUCUGGCAAAACCUUUUCUGCUCCGAGGAAGCCUCAGCUUGUGAAGUCCUGCUCCACUGCAGAUUCGUGGCAGCCGUGGACCCCGGUGCCCAAUCAGGAGAAGCAUUUGAAGGAAGAGGGUCAGAGAGAAGGGUCGUAUAGCUCUCUUCCCUCGCUCUCACACAUGGGCCACAUUUUUCAGUCAACGUCUCGACAAACUCGACAGCGGCACCAUUCCCAGCCUCAGCUCGCUCCCAGCGACACAGACUUUCCGGAAAACCUUGACAGUCUUCGCUCCACUGAUGUUUAGUCGCUUUAACGGAUACUGCUGGCAGGCGUAUGAAUAGUGUUAUGAUAUAAUAGCUUUUUGAUUGUUGCUUUUCUUGUUCAGUGGUGCGCACACAAGUGCUUCAGUCAUUGCAAAUGCUGCUGACUCGCUCUAAAAGAAUAGUUCCCAAAUUUAUCUCCCAAACGGUGUCCAAAAAUUAUAUUAUUAUUUACUCCUGUCAAGCUCCAACUAUUAAUGUAUGGCAAGAAUUGUGUACCAAUUCUUCAAGCGAUUGUACUUUUGUCUUUCUGCAGAGAAAACGAAAUGCUUUUGGAAGAAAAAAAUGGGUUGAAACCAUACGUAGAAGAGAAUUGUCAUUGUGCCUGAACUAUUCCUUUAGAGAAAGUGUCUUUUUAUGUACGUAGGAAUGUAAAAUAAGGAAGGGUCAUUUGGUGAAAAGACAUUUCAUGUGUUGUGUUGCUUUAGUGAAUUCCCCAAGACAAAAAAUGGGGUCUAAAAGUCUGAGACAACUUGUGAAAUGCUUUUAUUGUGUAUUAUGUAUCAUAUGUGUACAAUGAUAUAUUCAGCACAAAAAAAUAUGAUUGAAGAGAUUUACAAUAUCGUAGUAUUUGGUAGAUUCAUUUUUGCUUUAAUGACAGCAGUACCUUGAGCUGACGUUAUCCGAUGAACGUUAUCCAGCGUGAUUUAAAAACGUUCCCAAGACCACGUUGUUCACUGCAUUUGCUUUUUGACUAUUUUGCUUUCUUUUAAAUGUAACUAUUUACAUUUCAACAUUUAAAAACCUCGGUUUUCAAUGUGGUCUCAAACUUUUGGACCCUCUUGUGCACUUGAAAAUAUUGAAGGUACGCGUUGUAGACUUCAGUCAACGCAUGUGACGUUUUUCAGUAUCACUAAUAAUAAGAAACUUUGACUAGACAUUCUACGAUGAUUUUCGUGACUGAAAACAUUUGAAUACUGAUUGCUUUGAAAUGCCUGAAAAUGGUAAUGGAAUUUUUUUUUGUUGUUAUUGUGAAUUUUACUACAUGUUGACAAGUAGGUCAUGUUCCUGUUGUUCAAACUACUUGAUUUUUUUUAUAUGCGCCAUUGCUAGAUAUGCACCAUCGCUUUGCACAUGAAAUAAACCAGUCCUUGAAGGAAAAA